CCCAAUCAGGGGCAGAUGGAGCCUGGUGGGAUGGCACCCUUGUGGGUGCUUGUUUGGAUGGCAACUCUUUGCUAUGGCUCUCUGCAAAAUGUGUUACCUUUGCCUGGUGAAACUGAUGGACAGAAAAUCAACAUUAUUCCAGGAAUGACAAUACCUAUUAAAAUUGCUGUCAGCCCUGCUCACAACGGCCGUGUGUGCAGCACAUGGGGGAACUAUCACUUCAAGACCUUUGAUGGAGAUGUUUUCCAGCUUCUUACCCAGUGCAACUACAUCUUAGCCUCCCACUGCAAAAGCAUUUAUGAAGACUUCAACAUCCAGGUCAGGAGGAGUGUAGUGGACGGCAUCCCAGUCAUCAGUAAGAUUACCAUGAAGCUGGAUGGCACUGUGGUGCAGUUCUCCAAGAGCGGAGUCUUAAUCAACGGCCAAGAGAAUCCCCUUCCCUAUAGCAGCUCUGGAGUGUUUGUUGAGAAGAGUAAUUCUUACAUUAAAGUCACAGCCAAACUUGGCCUCAUGGCAAUGUGGAAUGAAGAGGAUGCAUUAUUGUUGGAGAUAGAAGAGAAGUAUGCAAACCAGACCUGUGGACUGUGUGGGGACUUUAAUGGUGUCCAGAUUUAUGAUGAAUUUAUUAAGAAUGGUGUACAAAUAAAUUCUGACGACUUUGGCAGCUUUUGGAAAAUGGAUGACCCAAUGGAAACUUGCAUAGACAGCACUCCUCAGACUGAGCAACAGUGUCCUGAUCAGAAGCAAUUAUGUAGUCAGAUUCUCAGCUUACCUGCUCUGAACUCGUGCAGGGAUUUGGUUCCCAUGGAUGCAUUCAUUGACUCUUGUAACAUGGAUUUGUGUUACUGUAACAAGUCCACCAGCUCCUUCUGUCUGUGCAGCACCAUUUCUGAAUAUUCACGUCAGUGUGUUCACGCUGGUGGGACACCCCAGGUUUGGAGAUCUGAGCAAUUCUGCUAUAAGGACUGCCCAUUUAAUAUGAAGUAUCAGGAGUGUGGCAACCCCUGUGCUGACACCUGUACAAAUCCGAGCAGAAGUAGCACAUGUGAACAACACUGCACUGAUGGAUGCUUCUGUCCCCCAGGUACUGUUUUAGAUGAUGUUAAUGGAAAAGGUUGCAUUUCUUUACAAGACUGUUCUUGCACCUAUAGUAGGAAAGCAUAUAUGCCUGGAGAAUCCUUUUCUGGAAACUGUCAAACUUUCAAUUGCUCCGGUGGGAAAUGGGUAUCUGAAAAGCAGGAUUGUCCUGGCACAUGCUCUGUAGAAGGAGGGUCUCACAUCACCUCUUUUGAUGGACGCCUUUUCACCUUUCAUGGAGACUGUUCUUAUGUCCUUGCAAAGAUUUGCAGUAACUCAUCCUUUGCCAUUCUGGGAGACAUUAUGAAGUGUGGCCUGACAGAUACAGAAACCUGCCUUAAGAAGAUAAUUUUAAGUAUUGGAAAUAACAACAAUGUGAUCGUCAUCAAGUCUUCUGGCAGUGUCUUUCUAAACGACAUUUUGGCUCAGCUACCACUGUCUACAGCGGAUGUCACCAUCUUUAAACCCUCCACAUUCUACCUGAUCAUCCAGACUUCAUUUGGACUCCAGCUGAAGAUUCAGCUCAUUCCCAUCAUGCAGGUGUACAUCAAAUUAGAUCAAUCCUACAAACAACAGACUUGUGGUCUUUGUGGCAAUUUUAACAACAAACAAGAAGACGACUUCACAACAAUGAGUGGAGUGGAAGAAGGAUCAGUAUCAUCUUUUAGCAACACGUGGAAAACUAUGGCAGGCUGUCCUCAAGUCCCGAAUUUUUAUGACAAUCCUUGCAGCUUGAGUGUUGAAAAUGAGAGGUAUGCCAAGUACUGGUGUUCAUUCUUAACCAAUUCUGUGGGUCCAUUUGCUGAGUGCCAUUCUGUGAUCAACCCUGCUCCUUACAAAGCAAACUGUAUGUAUGACACUUGCAACAACGAGAAAAGUGAAGAGUCCAUGUGUGCUGCCAUUUCCUCCUAUGUGCAAGCCUGUGCUGCCAUUGGUAUAGAGCUUAUAGGCUGGAGAACCACCAUCUGCACUAAGUACUCAACCAACUGCCCUAGGACUAUGGUCUACCGAUACAAAAUGACUAGCUGUGGCCACACUUGCCGAUCCCUCAGUGACCAGGACGUCACCUGCAAUGUGCCAUUUGAGCCUGUGGAUGGCUGUGGUUGUGAAGAAGGGACUUAUAUGGAUGAGGAUGGAAAGUGUGUCUCUGCAGAUUCCUGUCCUUGCUAUUACAAGGGGACUGUGGUACCAGCACAGGAGGUGAUUAGUGACGAAGGAGCCACAUGCACCUGCAUGCAAGGGAAAAUGAAAUGCAUCGGACUCCAGUCAGUGCAGACAAGCUGUAGUGCACCGAUGAUCUUCUUCAACUGCAGUGGUGCUCCUUCAGAUAGUUUUGGUACUGAAUGUCAGAAAAGUUGCCAAACACUAGACAUGAACUGUUAUAGCACAGAAUGCAUCUCUGGCUGUGUUUGCCCAGAAGGUUUGGUCUCAGAUGGAAAUGGUGACUGUAUCCCAGAGGACCAGUGUCCCUGUGUACACAACGGAAAAUCCUACCAACCUGGGGAGCAUAUUAAAGUUGACUGUAACACCUGUACCUGCAAAGAGAGAAAAUGGAAAUGCACAAAUAACCAGUGCCUUGGUACCUGUGCUAUCUAUGGGGAUGGCCAUUAUAUCACUUUUGAUAAAAGAAGGUUCAGCUUUAAUGGAGACUGUGAAUACACCCUUACUCAGGAUUAUUGCAACAGCAGUCCAGACAAUGGAACCUUUAGAGUGGUCACAGAAAAUAUUCCGUGUGGAACCACUGGCACAACCUGUUCCAAGUCAAUAAAGCUGUUCCUCGGGACUAAUGAACUUAAACUGUCAGAAGGACAUGUUGAGGUGAUCCAAAUAAACACUGGAACUGAAGUACCUUACAAAAUUCGGAUAAUGGGCAUAUACCUUGUGAUUGAAGCUAAUAAUGGAAUGAUCCUUAUGUGGGACAGGAAGACCAGCAUGUUCAUAAAACUCAGCCCUGAGUUUAAGGGUGAUGUCUGUGGCCUGUGUGGAAACUAUGAUGGAGAUGCAAACAAUGAUUUCACCACCAGAAGUCUGUCAGUUGUGGUUGAUGCUCUUGAAUUUGGAAACAGCUGGAAGGUGUCUCCAAGCUGCCCUGAUGCAAAAUAUGCUAAAGAUCCCUGUCUUUCCAACCCUUACCGACAGUCCUGGGCUCAAAAACAGUGCAGCAUCAUCAAAAGUGUAGUGUUCACAGACUGUCACUAUCAGGUGGACCCCAUCCCAUACUAUGAUGCCUGUGUGCAGGAUUCCUGUGCUUGCGAUUCUGGUGGUGACUGUGAGUGUUUCUGUACAGCUGUUGCCUCCUAUGCCAAGGCCUGUAAUGAAGCAGAAGUGUGCGUGGCAUGGCGGAGCCCAGAAAUAUGCCCUCUUUUCUGUGACUAUUACAACCCUCCUGGAGACUGUGAAUGGCACUACAAGCCCUGUGGAGCACACUGCAUGAAGACAUGUCGCAAUCCAAGUGGAAUGUGCUCUGAGCACAUUAAAGGACUUGAAGGCUGCUACCCACAAUGCCCACCUGAAGAGCCCAUCUUUGAUGAGGACAGCAUGAAAUGUGUUCCAAGUGAAGACUGUGGAUGCUUUGAUGAUGAAGGACACCAUUACAAAAAUGGAGAUCUGGUCCCUUCAAACAAUAACUGCCAGGAAUGCCACUGUAAAUCUGAUGGCAUACAGUGUGACUAUAACAUAUAUGAGUGCUAUUGCAUCUAUAAUGGGAACAAGUACCCUUAUGGAGCAACAAUUUACAACACCACAGAUGGAUUAGGAAGCUGCAUUACUGCCAACUGCGGCCUGAAUGGAACAAUUCACAGAGAAAUUUACGCGUGCACCACAACGCCUACAACAACCCCCACAACAACAACAGCUUCUUCAACUACAGUAUUUGCUUUCAGCACACUGCCUACAAAAACAGCUGAAGUUACUACCUCUUGUUUAGAAGAGAUCUGUCAGUGGUCUGUGUGGUAUGAUGUCAGCCUACCAACCAAGGAGAAUAAGGGUGACCGAGAAACUUUUGACAACAUUAAAGCAAAUGGAUAUUCAGUUUGUUCAAAUCCACUAAAAGUGCAAUGCAGAGCUCAACAGUAUCCUGAUACUCCACUGGAUGGUAUUGGUCAAGUGAUUCAGUGCAAUCCAUCUUUUGGUCUAAUAUGUAAUAAUGAAGACAACCCAUCAAUAUGUCUGAACUAUGAAAUAAGAGUUCUCUGCUGUGACAUGCUGCCCUGUGGAAUCAAAACAUCAACAUAUUCUUCAACAACUGAGGCAAACACCUUGGUGUCCACUGCCAUCAAAACUGCCACUCCUUUAACAACAACACAGCCACAAUACUCAAGUACAUCUCAAGAGAGCAUAGUGACUCCUACUCUUCAAACGGAAACAACUCCAACUGAAAUAUUUACCUCUACUGAGAUUCCAACACCAUUGUCCUCUAGUCCUCCAACAUCGUGCAAGCGUAAAUGUGAAUGGUCUAGAUGGUAUGACAAUAGUUAUCCACUGUUUGGACCAUCUGGAGGAGACUAUGAAACGUAUAACAAAAUAAUUGCAGGGGGUGAGAACAUAUGUAAAAAACCUAACCAAAUUGAGUGUCGGGCAGAAAAAAAACCUGAUAUUCCGAUUACCAAAGUUGGACAGAUUGUAACAUGUGAUAUUUCCCAGGGGCUCAUCUGUAAAAAUACAGAUCAAGAAGGUGAUUUUCCACUGUGUUACAAUUAUCAGAUACGAGUACUGUGUUGUGAUAAUUUUAGCUGUGAAACAACAUCAUCACCACUGUCUACAAGUAAACACGUAACGACAACAUCUUCAAAAACCUAUACCACAACAGCAAUUACCCCUAUGUCUCAAACACCUGGGAUCAAGCCAUCAACAACUGCUGUCACAAAGGAGAUAACAACAAAAACAACAUUGCAGUCUGAAACAAUAACAACAUCAGUUAAUAUACCGCCAACAUCUGUUAGCACUAAAGGCACGGCCACCUCAACAGCAAUAACACCAAAACCAACAAGUGCUAAAGAAACUCCUAAUAAGAAAACUACAAUUCCAGAAACAACAAGAAUUAUUACUUCUGAAGUUACAAUAUCUACUGAGCAACCCCCCUCAUCCACAGCUACAACAGAGACAACAGGCACACCUAUUAGUACAGAAAUAACCUCUGUCAGUACUGAAGGCACUUUCACUUCAACAACUUCAACACAAAAGCCAACAACUCCAAAAGAAACUACAAUCAUUGAAACAACGAUUAUCACAUCAGAAUCCACAAUUACAUCAUCUCAUGUCACAUCAGGCUGCAUUCCAAAAUGUCAGUGGACUUCCUGGAUCAGUUCAUCUAGUCCAAGCAGUAAAACAAAUGGAGAUUAUGAAACUUACAACAGCUUAAGAAAGGCUGGCUACAAUAUCUGUCAACAGCCUAUGGAGAUUGAAUGCAGAGCAGUUCAGUUUCCUGAAAUGUCCACUUCUGAUCUCCAGCAAACCAUAACUUGUAAUGUAAAUUCUGGCCUCAUCUGCAAUAAUUCAGAGCAGAAAGGCAAAGUGAAAAUGUGCUAUGACUAUGAAGUUCGAUUUUUGUGCUGUGGAGGUUGUGAAUCUACAGGAGUGCCCCCUACUAGAACCCCCACAACAGAAACUACUCUUCAUCCAGAUGUAACAACAACACCACUUACUGAACAGACAACCUCUGUCAGCACUGAAGGCACUUCCACUUCAAAAGCUACAACACUAAAACCAACAACUUCUAAAGAAACUAUACCUCCAAAAACCACAAUGCUAGAAACAACUGCAACAGAGACAACUAGCACUGCUACACCAAAAACUACUAUGGAGACUUCAAAACCCCAGACAUCAUUGCCUAUUUCAACAACAUCUACAGAAAGGCCAUACACAUCUACUACCUUAACAGAAACAACUACAUUUGUUUCUCGUACUCCUGAAAUCAGGUCACCUACAACUACAGGUGCACCAGAGACAACCACUAAAACUACCAUUGUUUCUGAGUUAACAACAACACCAGUUACUAAAGAAACAACAUCUGUAAGCACUAAGGGUGUGACGACAUCAACAGGUACUACACCUAAGCCAACAACUCCUAAGGAAACUCCAACUCCAAAAACUACACUCAUAGGAACAACAAUUAUCACAUCAGAAUCCACAAUUACCUCAUCUCAUGUUACAUCAGGCUGCAUUCCAAAAUGUCAGUGGACUUCCUGGAUCAGUUCAUCUAGUCCAAGUAGUAAAACAAAUGGAGAUUAUGAAACUUACAACAGCUUAAGAAAGGCUGGCUACAAUAUCUGUCAACAGCCUAUGGAGAUUGAAUGCAGAGCAGUUCAGUUUCCUGAAAUGUCCACUUCUGAUCUCCAGCAAACCAUAACUUGUAAUGUAAAUUCUGGCCUCAUCUGCAAUAAUUCAGAGCAGAAAGGCAAAGUGCAAAUGUGCUAUGACUAUGAAGUUCGAUUUUUGUGCUGUGGAGGUUGUGAAUCUACAGGAGUGCCCCCUACUAGAACCCCAACAACAGAAAGCACCACAAUAAGGACUGUAACCACAGAGAAAACAGCUCCUGUGGAAACAACACAAGUGUCAUCCACACUACCUGUAACUACAGUAUUUACGGAAAGGCCACUCUCAUCCACAACUGUAACAGAGGGAUCUACAUCUGUUUCUUACACUACAGAAAUAAAACCACCAACAACUGCUGAAACUCCAGAGACAGCACCAAAAACUACUCUUCAUUCAGAGGUAACAACAACACCACUUACCGAACAGACAACCUCUGUCAGGACUGAAGGCACUUCCACUUCAACAGCUACAACACUAAAACCAACAACUGCUAAGGAAACUACACCUCCAAAAACCACAAUGCUAGAAACAACUGCAACAGAGACAACUAGCACUGCUACACCAAAAACUACUAUGGAGACUUCAAAACCUCAGACACCAUUGCCUAUUUCAACAACAUCUACAGAAAGGCCAUACACAUCCACUACCUUAACAGAAACAACUACAUUUGUUUCUCGUACUCCUGAGAUCAGGUCACCUACAACUACAGGUGCACCAGAGACAACCACUAAAACUACCAUUGUGUCCGAGUUAACAACAACACCAGUUACUAAAGAAACAACAUCUGUAAUCACCAGUACCUCCAUUCCUUCAUCAGUUGUUACAGGAAGUAUUACAUCUCCUCAUACAAAACAUAUGAUCUCAACUACUGCCACUGUUCCUACUACUGCUCCACAACUGGGCACGACUUUGAAACAGACAACACCCCGUACAAUUGAAAGCACCACAAUAAGAGUGGUAACCACAGAAAAAACAACAGAACUAAAGACCACAAUCCCCGUGACAACAGCAGUUACAGAAAUACCACUGUCAUCCACAACUGUAACUGAGGGCUCUACAUCUGUUUCUUACUCUACAGAAAUUAAACCACCAACAACUACUGAAACUCCAGAGACAGCACCAAAAACUACUCUUCAUCCAGAGGUAAGAACGACACCACUUACUGAACAGACAACCUCUGUCAGCACUGAAGGCACUUCCACUUCAAAAGCUACAACACUAAAACCAACAACUUCUAAGGAAACUAUACCUCCAAAAACCACAAUGCUAGAAACAACUGCAACAGAGACAACUAGCACUGCUACACCAAAAACUACUAUGGAGACUUCAAAACCCCAGACAUCAUUGCCUAUUUCAACAACAUCUACAGAAAGGCCAUACACAUCUACUACCGUAACAGAAACAACUACAUUUGUUUCUCGUACUCCUGAGAUCAGGUCACCUACAACUACAGGUGCACCAGAGACAACCACUAAAACUACCAUUGUUUCUGAGUUAACAACAACACCAGUUACUAAAGAAACAACAUCUGUAAGCACUAAGGGUGUGACGACAUCAACAGGUACUACACCUAAGCCAACAACUCCUAAGGAAACUCCAACUCCAAAAACUACACUCAUAGGAACAACAAUUAUCACAUCAGAAUCCACAAUUACCUCAUCUCAUGUUACAUCAGGCUGCAUUCCAAAAUGUCAGUGGACUUCCUGGAUCAGUUCAUCUAGUCCAAGUAGUAAAACAAAUGGAGAUUAUGAAACUUACAACAGCUUAAGAAAGGCUGGCUACAAUAUCUGUCAACAGCCUAUGGAGAUUGAAUGCAGAGCAGUUCAGUUUCCUGAAAUGUCCACUUCUGAUCUCCAGCAAACCAUAACAUGUAAUGUAAAUUCUGGCCUCAUCUGCAAUAAUUCAGAGCAGAAAGGCAAAGUGAAAAUGUGCUAUGACUAUGAAGUUCGAUUUUUGUGCUGUGGAGGUUGUGAAUCUACAGGAGUGCCCCCUACUAGAACCCCCACAACAGAAACUACUCUUCAUCCAGAUGUAACAACAGCACCACUUACUGAACAGACAACCUCUGUCAGCACUGAAGGCACUUCCACUUCAAAAGCUACAACACUAAAACCAACAACUUCUAAGGAAACUAUACCUCCAAAAACCACAAUGCUAGAAACAACUGCAACAGAGACAACUAGCACUGCUACACCAAAAACUACUAUGGAGACUUCAAAACCCCAGACAUCAUUGCCUAUUUCAACAACAUCUACAGAAAGGCCAUACACAUCUACUACCUUAACAGAAACAACUACAUUUGUUUCUCGUACUCCUGAAAUCAGGUCACCUACAACUACAGGUGCACCAGAGACAACCACUAAAACUACCAUUGUUUCUGAGUUAACAACAACACCAGUUACUAAAGAAACAACAUCUGUAAGCACUAAGGGUGUGACGACAUCAACAGGUACUACACCUAAGCCAACAACUCCUAAGGAAACUCCAACUCCAAAAACUACACUCAUAGGAACAACAAUUAUCACAUCAGAAUCCACAAUUACCUCAUCUCAUGUUACAUCAGGCUGCAUUCCAAAAUGUCAGUGGACUUCCUGGAUCAGUUCAUCUAGUCCAAGUAGUAAAACAAAUGGAGAUUAUGAAACUUACAACAGCUUAAGAAAGGCUGGCUACAAUAUCUGUCAACAGCCUAUGGAGAUUGAAUGCAGAGCAGUUCAGUUUCCUGAAAUGUCCACUUCUGAUCUCCAGCAAACCAUAACUUGUAAUGUAAAUUCUGGCCUCAUCUGCAAUAAUUCAGAGCAGAAAGGCAAAGUGCAAAUGUGCUAUGACUAUGAAGUUCGAUUUUUGUGCUGUGGAGGUUGUGAAUCUACAGGAGUGCCCCCUACUAGAACCCCAACAACAGAAAGCACCACAAUAAGGACUGUAACCACAGAGAAAACAGCUCCUGUGGAAACAACACAAGUGUCAUCCACACUACCUGUAACUACAGUAUUUACGGAAAGGCCACUCUCAUCCACAACUGUAACAGAGGGAUCUACAUCUGUUUCUUACUCUACAGAAAUAAAACCAUCAACAACUGCUGAAACUCCAGAGACAACACCAAAAACUACUCUUCAUCCAGAUGUAACAACAACACCACUUACUGAACAGACAACCUCUGUCAGCACUAAAGGCAUUUCCUCUUCAACAGGUACAACACCAAAGUCAACAACUCCUAAUGAAAGUUCAACUCCAAAAACUACAAUACUACAAACAACAAAGAUUAUCACAUCUGAAGUGACAGCAUCUACUGAGCAGUCACCAUCAACCACAACUGUAACAGAGACAACAAUCACUGUUACACCAAAAACUACCGUGGAGACUUUAAAACCCAAAACAUCAUUACCUAUUUCAACAGCCUCUACAGAAAGUCCAUACAUAUCCACUACGUUAACAGAAACAACUACAUCAGUUUCUCGUACUCCUGAGAUGAAGUCACCUACAACCAAUGCUGCACCAGAGACUACCACUAAAACUACUGUUGUGUCCAAAGUAACAAUACCCAUUACUACAAAGACAACCUCUGUCAACACUGAAGGUGUUUCCACUUCAACAGUUGCAACACCAAAGCCAACAACUUCUAAGGAAGCCCCAACUCUAAAAACAACAAUACAAGAAAUCACCAAAAUCAUCACUUCAGAAAUCACAGAAUCCACAAAACAACCAUCCUCACCUACAGCCGUAGCACCAACUAUAACCAAUCUUUUGUCAACAACUCGAGGAGAAACAAGUAAGACUACAUUACCUGUAAGUACAGCAUCUACAGAAAAAGCUCUUAAAAGCACUACCAUUUUAACUGGUACACCCCCAAAGAACACAACUCCCAUGGAAACUACCAGGCUAGCGACUUCGACCCUAGGAACUACUACAACGGUCACCCCAGAAACUUCAUUUUCUUUAAGGAGUACCUCUCUUGUCUCACCUGCCUGCACUCCUCAGUGCCAGUGGACAUCCUGGAUCAGUUCAAAUUAUCCAACUUCUAAAUCCAAUGGAGAUUUCGAAACAUACUCAAAUAUUAAGGAAGCUGGUUAUGAUAUCUGCCAGAAACCUAUGCAGAUUGAAUGUAGAGCAGUUGAAAUUCCUGAUGUACUCAUUUCAGAUUUAGAUCAGGUUGUAAUUUGUGAUGUCAACUCAGGUCUAAUCUGUAACAAUGCAGAUCAGAAGGAGGAUACUCCAUUUUGUUAUGAUUAUGAAGUACGCUUUUUGUGCUGUGGAGGUUGCGAACCUACAACAACAACACCGAAAAACACUCCUGCCCAUACAGAAACAGUUCCAACCACUGUCCAUUUAACCUCAGAGUCUCCUACAACAUUGUGCUUCUGCACAGUUUCUCAACAUUCAUUCCUACCUGGUGAAAUUGUAUACAACAAGACAGAUGGCGAUGGCUGGUGUUACAUUGCUUACUGUGGCAAAAGCUGUCAGAUCGAAAAAAAUGUCACAGAAUGUCAUUUAACAAGUGUGACAACAAUGCCAUCAACAGCUACUUCUGCCAUAAAAACAACACACACGGCCUCACUAAGUACAAGACCUCUAGUUGUAGAAUCAACAGUUGUUCCAACAUCAAAACCAUUCAGCACCCACGAAAAAACAACCACAGCGCCACCUGACUGUAAUGAGCUGAACCCACCACGGAAGUAUGGCGAGUCCUGGAAUAUAGAUAAGUGUACAACAGCUACCUGUGAGGGAGGCAAUAAUAUCAUUCUGCAACCUGCAAAAUGUGACACAGUGAAGCCAAUGACAUGCGAUAAUGGACGCCAGCCAAUCAAGGUCUACGAUGCAAGUGGCUGCUGCUUCCACUAUGAAUGUGAAUGUACCUGCUAUGGGUGGGGAGAUCCGCAUUAUGUUACAUUUGAUGGAACCGUCUAUGAUUAUCAAGGAAAUUGUACUUAUGUUCUGGUGAAGGAGAUCACUCCUAAAUACAACAACUUCAGCGUUUUAAUUGAUAACUACUUCUGCAGUGCACAACAGGGCCUAUCUUGCCCACGAGCAUUAACGAUUUAUUACAGAUCCAAUGAGAUCAUUUUGACCGUGCAGACUAUAAAGCAACAAACCAAGAACCUGAUCUUGUUUAACCAGAAGCAAGUUAUUCCUGCAUUUGAGAAAGAUGGCAUUAAGAUCACUAGCACAGGAAUUGAGAUGGUUGUUGAAAUUCCAGAGAUCAGUGCCCACAUAUCAUUUAAAGGCAUGAUGUUCAGCGUUUUCCUGCCCUACUCUCUUUUCCAAAAUAACACUGAAGGGCAUUGCGGGGUCUGUGACAACAACAAGACUAAUGAUUGCCGCAUGCCAGAUGGAAGCAUUAAUCCUUCAUGUCCAUAUAUGGCUCACCACUGGCGAGUGAAAGAUAACAAUAAGACAUACUGUGAAAAUCCACCAGCAACCACUUCUGCACCUUAUACCGCAUCAACUCAUGUGCCACAAACGGUGCCUCAUGCAUCAGUGGCUCCCUGCUUACCAACUAUAUGUGAACUCAUCAAAAGCGACCUGUUUAAAGACUGCCAUGAACUUGUUCCUCCUCUGCCAUUCUACUUGGCCUGUCAAUUUGAUGUCUGCCACAUGCCAAACACAAGUAUCGGUUGCUCCAGCCUGGAAUCCUAUGCAUCUCAGUGUGCUGCUGAAAACGUCUGCAUCAACUGGAGAAAUUCCACCAAAGGAGAAUGCAUGAUCAAGUGCCCAUCCACCAAGGUAUACAAAGCUUGUGGACCAGUGGUGGAGCCCACAUGCAAUUACAGGUACAAUGAAAAACACAUCACCAAAGACACAGACGAGACUAUGGCAUUUAAAGAAGGCUGUUUCUGCCCCGACGAUAAAACUCUUUUUAAUUCCUUUUCUGAUGUAUGUGUCUCUUCUUGUGAUUGUACUGGACCUGAUGGUAUGCCCAAACAGCCUGGUGAAACAUGGCAGAGCAACUGCAAUGACUGUAUCUGUGACAAUGUCUCCAUGAGUGUCCAAUGCAGGCCUCACAGAUGCCCACAAGAACCAGCUGUCACGUGUUCAAACCCUGGAGAGGUCCUUGUAAUAGAUGCCGUUGACAUGUGUUGCAACAAGACAAGAUGUGAAUGUGAUUUGUCUCUCUGCCCCAAACCAACUGACAAUUGUGAACUGGGAUUCAAGCCAGUGUUCAGGACUUCUCCAGAUGAAUGCUGCCCCAUUUAUAGCUGUGAGCCCAAAGGUGUUUGUGUGUACAACAACACAGAAUAUCAGCCUGGAGUUCCUGUCAUCAUGGAAAACUGUUUUGACUGUACCUGUAACUCUACCAUGAACCCAGACACCAAGCUGAAUAUCAUUGACUGCCAGCCAAUAUACUGUGACACCAACUGCCAAAUUGGUUUCAUAUACCAGGAAGUUCCUGGACAAUGUUGUGGACAAUGUGUCCAAAAGGACUGCAUUAUUCUUUUGCCAGAUGGUACCGCUCACAUAAUUCAGGUUGAUCAGUACUGGAGUCCUGCUAAUGACACAUGCAUUCGGUAUGAGUGCCUCAAGAUUGAAGAUCAAUAUGUCACGAUGGAAAGCAGAACAACUUGUCCAGAAUUCCAUGUUGAAGACUGUGUUCCAGGAUCAGAGAACAUAUCUGCUGAUGGAUGCUGCCGUACCUGCGCUCUUAAACCUAAGGACUGUAACAUUCAAAGGAAAACCACUACGAUCGUCAAGGAUGGGUGCCAGUCCAAAUCACCUGUGGAACUGACAUCAUGUGGAGGUUCAUGUGGAACGUACUCCAUGUAUUCAGCCGAGGUCAACGACAUGGUACACUCUUGUUCUUGCUGUCGGGAGAGGGUUACUAGCAAAAAGCAAACUGAACUGCAGUGCCCUGAUGGAACCAACAUAGAGUACACAUAUGUAUAUGUGGAAGAAUGUGGAUGCGAAGAUACAGAGUGUGUGAAUCCCACAACACAGCAGCAACAGCAACAGCAACAGCAGCAGCAGCAACAAAAUGGGCAAGUACAAGGAGGACAAAACAACAAACGUAGAAAACGCAGAAGUCUGGCACACAUACAAUGAGUCUGCUUAAACUAACUGACUAAGAAUUAAUAUUUCUGCUUGCAAUUUUUAAACUGAGCUACAAUGUUUCUUCAUGAAUUUGUAUUUUGGUUAUUAAAAUAAGGGGAGGGCUCAAAAGACAGCUAUAUCUACAGCUUGAUUAUUUCAGCUUCCUGCUUGCUUACUUCUUCUUGGAGCACUCAAAAAUAUUGGAAGGAAGGUGAUACAUUUUGUGACAUAUUUUAAUGACAUAUAAAUAAAACCUUGCAAAACUUCAGCAAGGUCUAAAUAGAAAAAGGCCAUAAAGUAAACUAUGCCCAAGCAAAGCAACAGUCAUGACAGCUAAUAAAUAU